AUGGAAAAUGCAUCGCUAAGUCGCGGAAAAAGAAGCUCCGGAUUCAAAAGGGGGAGAAGUAGAGGUGGUUAUCCUAACAAAGGGAAUUCAGAAAGAAAAGACAAAAACGAAGAACAUUUACUAACAUUAACACAUGACCAAGCCGAAGAAUUGAUAGUAAAGUUUAUUAUAAAUGAACCAAUAAAUACUAUUAUUGAUUUGUAUCAUUUACUUCGGAAAGCAUUUCAUUAUCAUUUGGCCAAAAACGUUAAAUAUCAUAAAGGACUUCCAAGUCAAUUAAUAAUGAAAUUUGGUGCUGUUUUAUUGCGUCAUUAUCCUGAUUUUGAAGAUAUUAUACCACAAUUUCCAGAAUUUGAAAGACUUAUUAACCUCAGGAACAAAACGCAACCUUGCGCAGGUGCAGUUAUUUUUAAUCCAUCUUUCACAAAAGUUUUGUGUGUAAGCCAUGCUUUUAUGCCAAAACAGUUUUCUUUUCCAAAAGGAAAGUUCGAAGAAGGUGAAACAGAUGCCAAAUCCGUAGCCAUAAGAGAAUGCAGAGAGGAAACUAAUAUAGACAUAUCUGAUUUUAUUUUAGAAGAAGAUUCUUUUGUUUAUCAUAGAUCAAAAGGUAGAUCAGAUGUUAAGAUGUUUUUUGCAGUUAAUGUUCCAGAAACUAUUGAAAUCAGUGAGAUUCCAGAUGAAAUUGCUUUCAUUGAUUGGGUUGAUGUUAAAACACUAAAAACAAACAAAAAACUAAGAUGGUUUCCAGAUCCGCAGGCUGAGCUCAUUUUAAAGAAUCAAAUCCCUGCUUUUAUUAAAAAAAUUAAAACCAAAUCAGAAUCUUGUGCAAAAGAAGCUUCAGAAGAAGUAGAAACCAAAUACAUAGAAGCUUCAGAAGAAAAAGAAGAAGAAGUAGAAACCAAAUACAUAGAAGCUUCAGAAGAAAAAGGAAAAGAAAAAGAAACCAAAUACAUAGAAGCUUCAGAAGAAAAAGAAGAAGAAAAAGAAACCAAAUACAUAGAAGCUUUAGAAGAAAAAGAAGAAGAAAAAGAAACCAAAUACAUAGAAGCUUCAGAAGAAAAAUCAUCCAAGUAG